CAACCCGCACUGCCACAGCGUUCCUUUGUGGAGGAAGACCCUCCCUCUGACCAGCGGGGAGGGGUGGGGACUGCCUGCCCUGCGGGACAUUUGGCUGAUGCUCCCAGCACUAAGCAACGUGGGGAGAGAGAGAGCUAGAGAAGCAGCAGAUAUAGAAAAUGGAGAGUGAGAGGAAUAUGGGGGGAGAUGGGGACGCCGGCGGGAUGAACAGCGGAAUGGCAGAAGCCAGGGGAAAGUCCUCCAAACGCCUUGACUCGCUCAGCUGUCAAGAAUGGGGGAGGAGAAAGCCCCACGGGGCGGGGGCAGAGGGUGCAGGCUGUUAGGAAGUUAUUUAAGAACCAACUUUGUUGUCGCUUUUCCUGCGUCCUUGGGAGGAAGUACCCGAGAGGCCCAGAGCGAGCCUAGGCUAGGGCACCCCUGGAAGGAAGCGCACUCAGAUCUUGUAAAGCUGAGAAUGUCAGAAACCUCCAGGACCACUUUUGGAGGCAGGAGAGCUGUCCCGCCCAACAACUCCAAUGCAGCUGAAGAUGAGCUCCCCACCAAGGAGCUGCAGGGUCUAGAGCCCCGUGGCGUCAAAUGGCAAGACUACCUUAAUGUCACGGCUGUUCACCUGUUCAAAGAGAGAUGGGACACCAACAAAGUGGAGCACCAUACUGACAGGUAUGACAACGACAAGUUGAUUGUACGCAGAGGGAAGACUUACUACAUCCAGAUUGACUUCAAUCGUCCAUAUGACCCCAGAAAGGACUUCUUCAGGGUGGAAUAUGUCAUUGGUCGCUAUCCUCAGGAGAACAAAGGAACCUACAUCCCGGUUCCUGUAGUCUCAGAGCUAAAAAGUGGGAAGUGGGGAGCUAAAGUUAUCAUGACAGAAGACAAGUCUGUUCGACUGUCCAUUCAGUCUUCCCCUGAAUGCAUUGUGGGGAAAUUUCGCAUGUAUAUUGCUGUCUGGACCCCUUACGGCAUCAUCCGAACCAGCCGAAACCCAGAAACAGACACAUAUAUUCUCUUCAAUCCUUGGUGUGAAGAGGACGCUGUGUAUCUGGAUGAUGAGAAAGAAAGAGAAGAGUAUGUCCUGAAUGACAUCGGUGUCAUUUUUUACGGAGACGCCAAUGACAUCAAGACUAGAAGCUGGAGCUAUGGUCAGUUUGAGGAUGGUAUCCUCGAUGCUUGCCUGUUUGUGAUGGACAAGGCUCAGAUGGACCUUUCCGGCAGAGGGAAUCCCAUCAAAGUCAGUCGCGUUGGGUCUGCAAUGAUUAAUGCCAAAGAUGAUGAUGGUGUCCUUGUUGGAUCCUGGGACAAUAUCUAUGCCUAUGGCGUCCCCCCAUCUGCUUGGACUGGAAGUGUGGACAUUCUUUUGGAAUACCAAAGCUCUGAGAAUCCAGUCCGAUAUGGACAGUGCUGGGUUUUUGCUGGUGUCUUUAACACAUUUUUACGAUGCCUUGGAAUACCAGCAAGAGUCAUUACCAAUUAUUUCUCAGCCCAUGACAAUGACGCCAAUUUGCAGAUGGAUAUCUUCCUGGAAGAAGAUGGGAAUGUAAAUUCCAAACUCACCAAGGAUUCAGUGUGGAACUACCAUUGCUGGAAUGAAGCUUGGAUGACAAGACCUGACCUUCCUGUUGGAUUUGGGGGCUGGCAAGCUGUGGACAGCACCCCACAGGAAAACAGUGAUGGCAUGUAUCGGUGUGGCCCUGCCUCGGUUCAAGCCAUUAAACACGGUCAUGUCUGCUUCCAGUUUGAUGCACCCUUUGUUUUUGCAGAGGUCAACAGCGAUCUCGUCUACAUUACCGCUAAGAAAGAUGGCACUCACGUGGUGGAGGCUGUGGAUGCCACUCACAUUGGGAAAUUAAUUGUGACCAAACAAAUUGGAGGAGAUGGCAUGAUGGAUAUAACUGACACGUACAAAUUCCAAGAAGGUCAAGAAGAAGAGAGACUGGCCCUAGAAACUGCCCUGAUGUACGGAGCUAAAAAGCCCCUCCACACAGAUGAUGUCACCAAACCCAGAUCUAACAUUGACAUGGACUUUGAAGUGGAGACCGCUGUGCUGGGAAAAGACUUCAAGCUCACCAUCACCUUCCGGAACAACAGUUCUAACCGCUACACCAUCACAGCCUAUCUCUCAGGCAACAUCACCUUUUACACCGGGGUCUCAAAGGAGGAAUUCAAGAAAGAGACCUUUGACUUGACUCUGGAGCCACUGGCUUUCAAAAAAGAGGAAGUGCUGAUCAGAGCCAGUGAAUACAUGGGCCAGCUGCUGGAACAGGCAUCCCUGCACUUCUUUGUCACAGCUCGGGUCAAUGAAACAAAGGAUAUCCUAGCCAAACAGAAGUCCAGCGUACUGGUGAUCCCGAAGGUCAUCCUCAAGGUUCGUGGUGCUCAAAUAGUUGGUUCUGACAUGGUUGUGACAGUUGAGUUCACCAAUCCUUUAAAAGAAACUUUGCAAAAUGUCUGGCUAUACCUGGAGGGUCCUGGAGUGAUAAGAUCAAAAAGGAAGAUGUUCAAUGAAAUCCGGCCCAAUUCCACUGUUCAGUGGGAAGAACUGUGUCGGCCUUGGGUCCCUGGCCCACGGAAGCUGAUAGCCAGCAUGAGCAGUGACUCCCUGAGACAUGUGUACGGCGAGCUGGACCUGCAGAUUCAAAGACGACCUUCCAUGUAAAGGCACAGGAAGCUGCCAUGGACCCAGGCGCUUGAAGCCUGGGCUAAUGAAAUUCUAAUAUAAAAUAGCUCUUGCUUUAAUAUAGGAGUAAAGACCUAGACAGGACUGGAAAGUACCCCAGAGUAGGGAUGUCACGUAUUUGAAAGACACAUGUUUCCAAACCCAGACUAUUUGGCAUGGAAGUUAGUUUUUUUUUAAUCACUUCACCUUCCAAAAGAUUCUGAACAUUAGUUUUAAUUAAGCUCUAAUUAAGCUCUCACAGCUCAUAAGAGUAAAAGUCUUCAUUUAUCAUCACAAAUGGCUACAGCCCCAAAUAUCAGAGGGCAUCUCUUAGCAAGGGGAUUGGCUCAAUACCUGGCCUCCUUUCUCGGCCUUUUGGAAGUAACAUACUUUCCAUCAGGGAGAAUCAUGGGCACAUCUUUGGGCCCUGGAAUUCACUUUCCUUUUUUUUUUUUUUGGUUCCACCUUCCAUGUCAGACUAUUUUUUUCCCAGGAAUUAAGCACAACAUCAUUAUUCUUCCUGGCAAAGCCAAGGAAAGGUCUUUCAUCUUACACCUGCCGCCAAGCAACUGCCUGCCAAGUUUCAGAUUUACCUUGUGAGAAGAUGUGGCCCCAUAUUAACAAAUUGCAUUUGUGGGAAAUGUAAUCACCUAACAGGAGAUAAGGAAGCAGGUGCAAUACUCGGGUCUAUUACAUAAUGCAGUUUUGUGGUGCAUUUUAUAGGAGAUGGCACACUGGCCUGAUCAGCUGAAAACAAUAUCCCUUACUUUAACCCUUUCUGGGGUAUAGUACUUGGAAGUAAUGAGACUGGUUUGAGACUGGAAAGAUGAAAAAUAUAUUUCCUUCAUUAGUGAUGACACUCUAACAUUUGUCUCGUAACAUCCCACAAUGAUGCAGGGCCAACUCCUCAUUUAGAGAUAAAAUAGCCAACCAAGUUAGAGACGCUGGCAGAGUUAGCGACCAGAUAUGGAGGACAGGGAGCCACUCAUUCUCCGUUGUCCUUCAUUCAUACUUGCUGAGACCUCAGCCCAGCACUUAGGUGCUGAAAGAUGAUAUGGACUCAGUCUUGCAAAUAGGCAGUGCUAAUUCUGAUUCAAUGACAGAGGACACCACUAUUGUUUGGAUUUUGCUCCAAGCCUCUGAUGGACAAGGCUAUGUGGUAUUUAUUUGCAAGGCUGAUUUAUGGUCAGAUUUUCCCACUGAUAUGCUUAGGAUAGGAUAUGUAGGUAAGUGCAUUGUGAUUCUUUGGGGGGAAAAAAAAAGAAAGAGGGAGGAAUAGAGGAGAGGAAAGGAAAGGAAGAGAGAGAGAGAGAGAAAGGAGAGCCAGAAUGGAAUGUUCUGGUCAAUAGAACUACAUUUCUACACCUUUGAGACUGUUCCUGAGUCUUCAGCACUAAGUAAUGAGGAUUAGCUGGUCCCCUUUUUAGGUAUACCAUGCAUAACUCCAUUAAGUAAUAUCCCAGCAUUUGCCAAGCCUUCCAAUAUACAAUUUUAAAAUGAAAUGCAUUUUGAUAGACUGUUAGACUGGCUUAACUUGUGUAUUCUUAUUAACUACAAUGUAAUGGAAGCUUUCAAUAAAGUUCAACUGAUUAUAUUUGCAUUGGCACACAA